GGUUAAGGAGGUUUUCAAGUUCGUUGUGCCUAGGAAGAUCAUUUAUUUUUGUCUGUCAUCACCUGACAGUAUAAAAGCAAGAUUGUGAUCGCAGGAUUACAAACGCCUGCUUCUUUAGAGUUGAAACAUCUCCCACACCCCGACAACACACAGGCUGUAAACAUGUCAAACACAAUGGUAAUCACGCAGCCACAACCUCUUAUGGUCUCCAGAGAAUCCGAUAAAUGGGGGUCAGGCAUUUGUGAUUGCUGUGAUGAUGUGCCUGAAUGCUGCUUUGGCUUCUGGUGUUUCUGGUGUUUCGCCUGUAUUAAAACCAAACGCCUUGGCGAGUGUUUAUGUCUCCCCCUGCUGGAUUCUUGUGGGAUUGUUCCACCUAUAACUAUGUCCAUGAGAGUCUCAAUGCGCAAUCGUUACGGGAUCAAGGGCACUAUGUGUAAUGACUGUCUGGUGGCCACAUUCUGCACAGCCUGCGUUUGGUGUCAGAUGUCACGAGAAAUGAAGGCUCGGAGUAUCCAAAUCACUCUCGUCGGUGCCAAGAAUCUUUAAACUCUUACAAAGCCGAUUACAAAUAUACUAUUAAUGCUGUAAGAAUCAUUAUGAAGAGAAAAGUGUUCGCCUAACUGAAAACCUGAGAUUUCAUCCAUUUAAUCUAUUCAGGCUUACAUAUUUGGAAUUACCGUGUCUACACCGAAGCGACACCACACCCGGAUUGGGAUUGUCGCGUCGCGCCGCGUUGCAUCCAAUGUGGACAAAAUGACACGGUGUCAAUGUUUAAGUUGUAUUUGUUUUGUAAAAUAGUUAUUUGAAUGAAUUUUUUUUAUGAAGAGCAGACGUGUCAACAGAAAACCAGAUUUAGAAAGGCUUUUAUCUUCUAAAUCACUGUUUGUGUUGUAUAAUAGUUAUUUGAAUAAAUGGUUUUAUAUAGCCUAUUACAGUUUUUCUCGAUUGCUUAAACACAUUUCUUGAAAUUAUGGCUCCUUUUCUAGAAACUCUAAACACAAAUCCAUAACUUCUCACCCAAUUCCCUCAACAUCCUAUUUUCAGGUCAAAAUGAAGCUCUCCACUCUAAACCAUUCAAACUUUUCCCCCAAACAUGACACACAAGUCCACAGAAAUACUCACACUACAACAUAGUUGUAGAGUAGACACUGGUGAGAUCAAUUCAAAACACUGUUACUAAAACCUUUUGUUGUUAUUCAAGAAAAUAGUAAUGUGUGUCUAAAACAAUCUACAACAUAAAAGAGUGCAGAAAGAGCAAAAUGCCACAAUGGGCUUUAGGAAAAAAUAAAAUAUUACACUACUGUUACGGUAAGUAAUCUUAGAUGAAAUAGACAAGACAAGAAAAGUUCAAAAACCAAAAAAACAAUAUAAACUGGGUAUGCAACACAAUGCAGAAUACAAUUGCAUAAAUAUAUAAAUAAACAUGGCAUCCUAUGCACCUUUGGCCCAAUAUCGAUACAGGAUAAGAUAGCAAUUUCUUGGACUCCUGACAAAAAAAAAUUGUAAGUAGUCGUCUCUGAGUUCUGCAAAUAAAAAAAAGUAAAGUAAAAAAAUGCUUCAAAUAAACUUGACAAUCAUAGAUUCAGGGUGCACACGUGCUAUUCAGUUUACUGGAUGCAGAAUAGUGACAUUUCUCUCAUAUAAAGUGUGUACUGUAAUUACACGUUAUGUUUACAGUAAGUAGAAUAAAGCCUAGAUGAUUCUAGGAUGCACAAUUACCUGUGCUCCUAUUGAUAUUAUCCUGUGAUUCUGAUUGGUGUGUCAUCAGUUUUGCCACUGAAUGUUUACUGAUGGACAAAUGUAUGCAAUUUGAGUUUACAUCUUGACACUUCAGUUCAUUAUAUUGUGUGUUUGUGUUUUCUGAAUGAGAACAUGGUUAAACCUUUGCAAAAUGAGGCUGUUUGUGUGUGGGGUUUGUACACGUUGGUGUAUUGUUCUGAGAAUGUGUUUAUAGUUGUCAGAAAAUGGUGAAUUGUUUCAUGAAUUGUGUGUUAGCAAUCGAGAAAAACUGUAACACAAUGUUUUUUUGUGAUGCUUUAUCUGUUUUAGUCAUGUGUUGUAUUGAAAUAAAUCAAGUCAAUUUUAUUUUGUCAUGAUUCUUCAGAUGCUGCAAGGAUAACACUUAAGUAGAGACAUCACCUGUAAUGAGUAAUUUGCAUUUCAGUAUCUUUAUAGCAAAAAUCUUGAAUUUCAAAAUUCUUCCGAACAGUAACACUGGUAAGAUUUUUUUUUACUGCAUUGCAUCAGUUACAGUAAUGUUUCGGUGUGUGGCAGUUUGAUAAAGCAGAUUGUCUGAAAUGGUUUUAUUAGCUAAUAAGCUCUCUGGCAGUCUCAAUGGGCACAUGUUGGCAGGAUGCAUAUAUCAACAUCAUUGUUAUUAAUGUAAGUCCCCUGGCCUUCAAAUAAAUGUGUAGUAGAGGAAAGUGAACAUGUUUCUCUCAUGGGCCAGAAGAAAUCUAUACCUCUGGCCCCCACAUAUUCCCUAAAUUCCACACAUGCUAAGUAUUUCUAUGAAUUGUUUAGUUUUUAAAGUACUGUAAAUAGCUUCAUGUCAAUCAGCAUUAUAUAAGACAUUGAAAAUCUGUCAGCACAUUUAUUAUUUUUCAAUGUUAUUUUGAAAAGUUUCCAAUUCACCUUUAAUUUUCUCUUCUGUUUUUUAUGCAUCUGAGUUUGUUUCCAUUUUAAUAUGUAGCAAUCAUAUCACAGGCAACUGCAAUAAUACAUGAAAAGAAGCAGGUCUUGUCAUUAUUUUUAGUCAGCAAACGGAAGCUGUGAUAGUUUUCUUCUGAACUGUGACCUUUGGGGAUUGGUGGAAGUUGGAGGCCUGGCAAAUAGGUCGAGAAAUGUCAUUUAGAGAAGUGUGUUGUUUGAAGGCAGAGGUUAAGUUUAUAAUUUUGAUGAUUAUGAGGGCACAUGUAUUUAAAACGCAAUAACCCACACAAAU